CGCUGAAACCAUUCGUCACGUUUUUCUAACCUUGCAUUGCCUUCUUGCUAGGAUUUAGAAAAACAGCAGCGGUACGUUUGCUCCUUUUCGCUAGUGUAAAUAUUUACGUUUUCGCUCUUCUGAACACAAAUAUUAAGGCAACUGUAGCGUUAGUGCAAUAUUUUAGCAUGGGACUUCAUUACUUUCUCGUGUUGUGACAACAAGAAAAGGAAAACUUUUGCCCUGUUUUGUGCGAUUGUGUGUCCAGGACAGUUGACUUGUUGACCGAUUAAUCCUGCAUGACGGAUCGGCUCUUGACGUGUGGCAGAAUGGUGUCUCACCUCAUGGUUGGAACGGACGUGGACGCUACGGCUGGGUUGACUCUGAAGGUGAAGCAGGAACCAUUCUCAGCCUCCGGUGAACUGAUUCGCGCGUCCAGCUACGACCACCAGACGUCAGCACAGUCGGGGCAGCCACCGCCCUCUUUGUCUGCUGUCAAGGAGGAGUCCUACCAUAACAACCAUGAGACGCUACAGCAGGCCUUGGUCACCUCACAGCGACAUCUGGAAGACAUUGCCAGCAAGAUCUGCGGGAGCAUUGCUGUCACAGCCGUGUCCACCUCCCAGGGCUCUAGUGCCACUUCCACGACGACGACGACGACAACUUCGACGUCGAACUCGACGCCGGACACGGAAACGAAACCGCCCUACUCCUACGUCGCCCUGAUAUCUAUGGCCAUAGAGAACAGCCCCCACAAGAGGGCAACACUGUCAGAGAUCUACGCCUACAUCACGACCAAUUUCCCGUACUUCGAGAAGAAGAAGAAGGGUUGGCAGAACUCGAUCCGCCACAACCUCUCUCUCAACAAGUGCUUCAUCAAGAUACCGCGAGAGGGCGGCGGUGCCAAGGGAAACUACUGGAAGCUAGAUCCGGAAUGCGGCGACAUGUUUGAAAACGGCAACUACAGACGUCGGCGCCGCAUGAAGCGUCAGUACCACUCGACGGCCCCCUACCCCAAGGCAUUGUACGGAGACGCAGCAGGGUUCAGGUCCCCAGCCCGUCACCAUCACCAGCUACCCCUAGGGACACACAACUUGUUCGGGGCGCCGACAGGUUACCCUCCAGCGUACUCACGCUACGACCCCAGCACCGCUUGGUCGCUCCAGCCACCUUACCCUCCGUGCCAGGCCCGCGGCGGCCCCAACCCUACGGCACACACACAGGCAUUCAACCCCUACAGCCAGCUUCAGUCACAGCUGCAGCCAGUUCAGUCCAUGCAGAUCUCGGCCGCCAUGAAUGGCUACAGCCAGACGCUGAGUACCGCCGGUCUAGGCGCUACUACGGGUCCUGGGUUUGGAGCUGGGUUCCCUCCCUGCAGUCGACGUCACGACGCUGCUACCGUUGCCGCCGUCGCUGCUGCCGAUGCCAUGCGUUAUCCCUAUUGGCCAGAGGUUGUCGUGAACGACGGGACGAGCUCCGCCACGCCGGCUGCUGGAAGCUUCAGCGGGGUCGAUUUCAGCAUCACCGGCCCGUCACGGCCGAAAUGCUUCAUGUGAACGCUAACUGCAGUUCCAAGUGGCCAGCGCUGCUACACGUUGCCCGUGUUAAGGAUUGGUUACAUCAAUUUUAAUAUAUUAUAAACAGAAACUUGCUUAUUUAAAUCAAAUAUGUAAUCGGUGAUUAUAUAAUAAAAUUUAUUAUUUUUAGUUAAGAGGGAGAGGGAAGGUGAAUGUAUGUACGUACGUACGUACGUGCAUUUAUACACGUACGGACUCAUGUACGUGCGCACUUAUUUACCUACGCACUUAUGUACGGACGCACUUAUACACGCACGGACUCAUGUGCUUGCGCACUUAUUUACGUAUGCACUUAUGUACGCGCGCACUUUUGUACGGACGCAUUUAAGUACGCACGCACUUAUGUACAUACGCUCUUAUACACGCACGCAACUAUGUACGCGCACACUUUUAUACGGACGCAUUUAUGUACGCGCGCACUUUUAUACGGACGUAUUUUUGUACGGACACAUUUAUGUACGCGCGCACUUUUGUACGGACGCAUUUAUGUACGCGUUCAAUUUUAUACGGACGUAUUUUUAUACGCGCGCACUUUUGUACGGACGUAUUUUUGUACGCGCGCACUUUUAUACGGACGCAUUUUUGUACGCGCGCACUUUUGUACGGACGCAUAUAAGUACGUACGUAUGUACGCGCGCAAUUUUGUACGGACGCAUUUAUGUACGCGCGCACUUAUGUACGGACGUACUUUUGUACGGACGUAUUUUUGUACGCGCGCACUUUUAUGCGGACGUAUUUUUGCACGCGCGCACUUUUAUACGGACGUAUUUUUGUACGCGCGCACUUUUAUACGGACGCAUAUAAGUACGUACGUAUGUACGCGCGCACUUUUGUACGGACGCAUUUAUCUACGCGCGCACUUUUAUACGGACGUAUUUUUGUACGCGCGCACUUUUGUACGGACGUACUUUUGUAUGCGCGCACUUUUGUACGGACGUACUUUUGUACGGACGCAUUUAUCUGCGCGCGCACUUUUAUACGGACGUAUUUUUGUACGCGCGCACUUUUAUACGGACGCAUAUAAGUACGUACGUAUGUACGCGCGCACUUUUGUACGGACGCAUUUAUCUACGCGCGCACUUUUAUACGGACGUAUUUUUGUACGCGCGCACUUUUGUACGGACGUACUUUUGUAUGCGCGCACUUUUGUACGGACGUACUUU